GCGUCGUGCCUACGGCACUCCAGUGCUCCACGCGACGCAAACGCAGCCGCACCAAGCACAAACCAUCCGCUCCCGACUGCUCCUGCUCACCGGACCCUUCGCGGCGGCAGACGGCGGUCCACCUGCUCUGCUGUUCCCCUCUCGCUUCACCCAACCGCAACGGCUCCCGCGCCGUGCGACCCGCCGCGGCCGCUACAUUCUCACUGCUAGUGUGCUACCCCGCGGUUGCACGAGCCCCGGAGCCGCCGCGAUGACGAGCGCCUCCCGAUCCGCCGGAGCCAUCGGACUCCACCUCCUCCUCCUCGUGGCCGCCGUCUCUGCCGCAGCGGGCGGAAGCGAGGCGGCGUGGCGUGUGGAGCAGGAGCGGGACCGGGUGCCGCGGGUGCCGGGGCAGGCCUUCAACGCGAGCUUCGCGCACUACGCCGGGUACGUCACCGUCAGCGAGGAGCGCGGCGCCGCGCUCUUCUACUGGUUCUUCGAGGCCGCGCAGGACCCGGGGUCCAAGCCCCUCGUGCUCUGGCUCAACGGAGGGCCUGGAUGCUCGUCAAUUGCCUUUGGACUUGGAGAAGAAGUGGGACCUUUCCAUGUUAAUGCAGAUGGAAAGGGUGUACAUCUGAAUCCUUAUUCUUGGAACAAAGUUGCAAAUCUAUUGUUCCUUGAUUCACCGGUUGGUGUUGGCUAUUCAUAUUCAAACACCUCUGACGAUGCUUUAAGAAAUGGGGAUGAGAGGACUGCCAAGGAUUCAUUGGCGUUCUUACUUAAGUGGCUUGAACGAUUUCCACAGUACAAGGGUCGUGAAUUUUAUUUGACGGGAGAGAGUUAUGCUGGUCACUACGUUCCUCAAUUGGCUCAAGCCAUAAAGAGGCACCAUGAGGCUACCGAAGACAAAUCAAUUAAUCUAAAGGGCUACAUGGUAGGAAAUGCUCUGACGGAUGAUUUCCAUGAUCACUAUGGAUUAUUUCAAUUCAUGUGGACCACCGGCUUGAUCUCCGAUCAAACAUACAGGCUGCUGAAUAUUUUCUGUGACUUUGAGUCCUUUGUGCAUACAUCUCCACAGUGUGAGAAGAUUCUUGAUAUUGCUAGCACUGAAGCUGGGAACAUUGAUUCAUACAGCAUCUUCACACCUACUUGUCAUGCAUCUUUUGCCGCCUCCAAGAACAAAGUGAUGAAAAGGCUACAUUCUGUUGGAAAAAUUGGAGAGCAGUAUGAUCCAUGCACUGAAAAGCAUUCAAUUGUAUACUUCAAUCUUGCUGAGGUUCAAAAGGCACUUCAUGUAAGUCCCGUCGUUGGCAAAUCAAAAUGGGAGACCUGCAGCGAAGUCGUUAGUACUCAUUGGGGGGACUGCGAAAGAUCUGUGCUGCAUAUCUACCAUGAACUUAUACAGUAUGGGCUUCGUAUAUGGAUGUUCAGUGGAGAUACAGAUGCAGUGAUUCCAGUGACAUCAACUAGAUACAGUAUUGAUGCUCUCAAGCUUUCAACAGUAACUCCUUGGUAUGCUUGGUAUGACGAUGAUGGCGAGGUUGGUGGCUGGAGUCAAGGGUACAAGGGACUCACCUUUGUGACUGUGAGGGGCGCAGGUCAUGAAGUUCCUCUUCAUCGGCCCAAACAGGCUCUUACACUCUUCAAAUCAUUCUUGGCUGGGAGCCCAAUGCCCGUGCAAUCGAAUGUACGCAGUGACAUGUAACCUGAACUGCUACACUUGAUUCAAGAGAUGAUCAGCAUCACAAAGUUCCAGCUCAACCAAGGCAGUCACUAGUACAAAUUCCACUUGUUCUGCAACCUGCACUAUAUAAAGAUUGCUAUAGCUGUUUAUUUAUCAGAGUUACUGGUGCCAGUUACCAUAGCUGUUUAUUUACUUGGUGUCAGUUAGCCCCUUAAGAAACAGGGGACAAAAUUGUGGAAUAGUUUUCUGUUGCCAUGAGCGGACACUGCGUGUUGAUAUUAAUGUGAGCCUAAAAAUAAAUUCA